AUGCUUUCAUUAUCCAACAAUCAUCUUGAAGGGUCUAUUCCGACGUGCCUAGUCGAACAUCAACCACUGUUAUAUAUAGAUGUGUCAAACAAUAAUUUGAUGGGUUUUGUGCCAUGUUUUGUCAAUUCUUCUCUGGAAUACAUUCAUUUGAACAACAUGUUAAGUGGUUUACCCAAAAGAAUGUUCAGCAAAAGUUCUUCCCUAACAAUUCUAGACCUUAGCUACAAUGAAAUAGUCGGGAGCAUUCAAGAUAUGAUGGAAGACCUUUCGCAUAGAAGGUUGAAUAUACUCAUUUUGAAAGGUAACCGCUUUACAGGGCAUUUACCAGAGCAGAUAUGCCAAUUGGAGGGUUUGAGUAUAUUAGAUCUUUCUUAUAACAAUUUUUUUGGUCCAAUACCCAAUUGCUUGGGUAAAAUGCCUUUUGAGGAUGACCCUCGCUCGUUGAGGUAUGCAUUUGAUGGCUUUCUUCAUGCAAUAAAUAGCAAUACAAAAACUAUGACACCGAACAUAAACGAGAAAGCAAUCUUCACUACGAAGAAAAGAUCCUACACAUAUACAGAGAGCAUCCUUGCUUAUAUGUCCGGAAUUGAUUUAUCCAAAAAUAAACUAAACGGAAGUAUUCCAUCUGAGCUUGGAAACUUGACAAGAAUUCGAGCAUUGAAUUUGUCUCACAAUAAUUUGAUUGGAGAAAUUCCAGCUACAUUUUCCAAAUUAGUACAAAUAGAGAGUUUGGAUCUUUCUUUCAACAUGUUGAGUGGUCAAAUUCCUCAUCAACUAAAUCAGUUGAACUCACUUGCUGUAUUUAGUGUUGCGCAUAACAACUUAUCAGGUGAUACACCCGAGCGAAAAGGCCAAUUUAUUACCUUUGAUGAAAGCAGCUAUGAAGGAAAUUCUCUUCUUUGUGGACCUCCAUUGCUAAAAAGUUGUCAUCCUUAUUUACAAUCACCAACCGUUUCUUCGAAUGAUGAAGACAACAACAGUCCGAUUGACAUGGUUGCUUUUUAUGUAAGUUUUGUUGUGGCUUACACAUCGGUUUUGUUUGUAAUUGUUGCAACUCUCUGCAUUAAUCCUGAUUGGAGGCGAGCCUGGUUUUCCUAUAUGGAAUUUAUAAUCUUAAGUUUUUAUUACUUUUAUGCAAGAUAG